AUGAAGCAAUCUAUGAUUGCUUCCCUUGCGGCUCUCGCAACCUCAUGCUCCGGAGUUCAAGCCGCUGAUAGCUUGAUCAAUGUGCCUGUCAAUCUCUGCGCCGCCAUCCUCGGACAAGCCGCAUGCGACCAGAAGACCGCCACCAAUGGCUUGAUCAGCGUGCCAGUCAACGCAUGUGUGGCAGUCCUUGGACAAGCCCAGUGUGACCAGCUCUCUUCCUCUUUGACCCGACGCGGCGAUUCGUUGAUCAGCGUACCCGUGAAUCUUUGCGCUGCGAUCCUUGGUGAGGCUGAGUGCAAGCAGAGAACCGCCAGCGCUGAUGGCUUGAUUGAUGUGCCGGUCAACGCAUGUGCGGCUGUACUUGGACAAGCCAAGUGCGACCAGUUCGCUUCCUCGUUGAGCAGACGGAGCGGCUCCUUGAUUAGCGUGCCCGUUAAUCUUUGCGCUGCAAUCCUUGGGGAGGCCGAGUGCAAGCAGAAGACUGCCAGCGCUGGCGGCCUGAUCGACGUGCCUGUUAACGCAUGCGCGGCAGUGCUUGGAGAAGCUAAGUGCGACCAGGUCGCUUCCACUACCGGUAGCGGGGAGGGUUCCCUGAUUAGCGUGCCUGUUAAUCUCUGCGCAGCUAUUUUGGGAGAGGCCGAAUGCAAGCAGAAGACCGCAACCGCUGGUGGCUUGGUCGAUGUGCCCGUUAACGCUUGUGCGGCUGUGCUUGGACAGGCCAAGUGCGACCAGGUCGCUUCCACCGCUACUGGUGGUGGCAGUGGCAGCGGUAGUGGUAGUGGCAGCGGUGACGGCUCCCUGAUUAGUGUGCCCGUGGGACUUUGCGCAGCGAUCCUUGGAGAGGCUGAAUGCAAGCAGCAGACUGCCACCCCUGGCGGCCUAAUCAACGUGCCUGUAAAUACCUGUCUUGCAGUCCUCGGAAAGGCCAAGUGUGACCAGGCCUCUUCUCCUGGCAGCGGCGAGGGCUCCCUGAUCAAUGUUCCCAUCAACGUUUGUCUGGCUGUUCUCGGUGAAGCUCACUGCCACCAGAGCUCCAACCCUAAUGGUGGCCUGAUCAACAUCCCCAUCGACCUGUGCUUGGCUGUUUUGGGAGAGGCUGAGUGCCAUGAUGCAUCAUCCACCCCUCCCCCGGCCGUUACCACCAACCCUGCUGUUCCCGGCGUUAUUCCUGGUGAGACUGCCACUCCUGGUGUCCCCGGUGUUACUCCUGGUGAGACUGCCACUCCUGCUGUUCCCGGUGUUGUCCCUGGUGAGACUGCCACUCCUGGUGCCCCCGGUGUUGUCCCCGGCGAGACUGCCACUCCUGGCGCCCCCGGUGUUGUCCCUGGUGAGACUGCCACUCCUGGUGCCCCCGGUGUUGUCCCCGGCGAGACUGCCACUCCUGGCGCCCCCGGUGUUGUCCCUGGUGAGACUGCCACUCCUGGUGCCCCCGGUGUUGUCCCCGGCGAGACUGCCACUCCUGGUGUCCCCGGUGUUACUCCUGGUGAGACUGCCACUCCUGCUGUUCCCGGUGUUGUCCCCGGCGAGACUGCCACUCCUGGUGUCCCCGGUGUUACUCCUGGUGAGACUGCCACUCCUGCUGUUCCCGGUGUUGUCCCUGGUGAGACUGCCACUCCUGGUGUCCCCGGCGUUGUUCCCGGCGAGACUGCCACUCCUGGUGCCCCCGGUGUUGUCCCCGGCGAGACUGCCACUCCUGGCGCCCCCGGUGUUGUCCCUGGUGAGACUGCCACUCCUGGUGCCCCCGGCGUUGUUCCCGGCGAGACUGCCACUCCUGCUGUUCCCGGUGUUUCCCCUGGCGAGUCUUCCGUCCCUGGCACCGAGGCUUCUAGCACACCUGUGGGAACUAGCCCCGGAGGACCGGACUCCAGCUUGCCUUCUGGUCCUGGGUCACCUGCACACAGCCAUGUUCCCUCCCUUACCGUUGGACGCCCAUCCCCCACCGGCGCUUUCACUCGUGUCACUCCCAGCUUCACCAAUGUUGUGACUGUCUGCAAUGCUGCUUGCCACGCAUCCAAGACUUCCAGCGGUCUUGUGGCUCACACUUCCCCUGCCUCCGGUGGCAACGGCGGCAAGCCCGGCCCCAUGGCCACUCCCAGCACCAUUCCGUUCAACGCGGCCGGCCGCGCGACUCUGUCCGGCGUUGCCAUGGUGUUUGGAGCUCUCUGCGCCAUCGCUAUGCAGAUCUAA